UUCAGUCGCACCGCGUCACUCCUGCGAGCGACCUCGUGCUCCGCUCCGCUCCCGGUCCUCGCUCUUACUUUCCGCGCCCGACCGCCGCCGACCCCCCCGAACACAGCCCGGACCGCUACGGACCUUCGUUUUUCCUCCCUCGACCCGACGACGACCCUCCACUUGGUAUAUCUCGUCAGAAACUAGUCCAACUAUCGCGCGUCCACCCUCCGUCGAAUAAAUCGAAUUGAAAAUUAAUAGUUAAAAGUUAAAAGUACUUGAAAUAUCGAGCGUCGACCCUCCGCCCUAUUACAUCUUGUUUAUAAAAAUUAUUGAAAAAUGUCGAGUGUCGUCCCUCCACCUUGGGAAGUUUUCGUUGAAAAAGAAAGUAUUAAAAAUAUCGAGCGUCGAUUCUCUGCCUUGUUAAAAGAAUAAGAACCGAAGGUGGCCGAAAUCGCAGACUUGGGGGAAAUCGAAGUCUCGACUCGCAGGGGCGUAAAAAAGUGUCUCGAGUGGCUGAAAGUCGAGCGGCGAAAAUCGCCGCCAGGUAAACAUGAAUGGGAUAAGCAAGCAGUGCGCCAAGGGGAAUUCCGAGUUCUCCAUUUACGAGAAGGACGAGUCCCACCUUGUGAAAAAACCAGGCCCGUUGAGGACCGUCUCCUGGAGCGAGAACGUCGAGGGGACCGACCUGGAGAUACCGGGAACUCCCAGGACUCCCAGGACCUCCACCACCCCAGGGCACGAGAAAUGCACGUUCCACCACGACCUGGAGCUGGAUCAUCGGCCGCCCACGAGGGAGGCUCUGCUGCCCGAAAUGUCAAGGAGCUACCGACUCCUGUUGAGCUCACUCGGCGAGGACCCCGAUCGGCAAGGACUCCUGAAGACCCCCGAGAGAGCCGCCAAGGCCAUGCUUUUCUUCACGAAAGGAUACGACCAGAGUUUAGAAGACGUCAUCAACGACGCCGUCUUCGACGAGGACCACGACGAGAUGGUGGUCGUCAAGGACAUCGAGAUGUUCUCCAUGUGCGAGCACCACUUGGUCCCGUUUUAUGGCAAGGUGUCCAUAGGCUACCUCCCGUGUAAGAAGAUCCUCGGCCUCAGCAAACUGGCCAGGAUCGUGGAGAUUUUCAGCAGGCGCCUGCAGGUCCAGGAACGCCUCACGAAGCAGAUCGCAAUUGCAGUAACCAAAGCCGUCCAGCCAGCAGGGGUUGCAGUGGUCGUCGAGGGAGUGCACAUGUGCAUGGUCAUGCGAGGCGUACAGAAGAUAAACAGCAAGACCGUCACGUCGACCAUGCUGGGAGUCUUCAGGGAUGACUCGAAGACCCGCGAAGAAUUCCUGAACCUCGUCCAUUCCAAGUAGAGUCCCGAGGCUCGAGUUAUGCGGAUCCGGCUCGAGGAACUCUUUUCUACGUCCUCGUUUCCCCCAGGGACAAAAGAUCGGCUCCUUUCUUUCCAUUUAAUUCUCUUAUCUGUCCGAUCUUGCGCCGGUCCGCGUAAGCGAGCGCCCGGGAUUUUCGGGCCAGCGGAAGCGCUUCCUCGAGAGAGGAAGAUUUUAUGGAAAUCGGGAGCCGAAGGACUCCUCGACGGAAAGAAAGUACACCGGGGACCACUUCGCCGCGUAUUUAAACUGAAAUCCGACUUUUCGCCGAAAAGGAGAGGAGGGGAGAGGGAAAAAAUGAGAGCCGAGGCCGCGACGAAGGCUCUCUCGGAGUCGCCGUAACGCUCGACGGGCCAUUCCGGUGAGGGUCGGGUUUACAGUUCAACGGGAAACGGUAAUAAGCCUCCUGGCCGACAUUACUGGACUGCUGAUCGAUCGACAUAAAGACAAUAAAGCGAUAGCGACGUGUGGAGGAAAGAUAAAGCUGGGGGAAAAGGAGAAAAAGAAAGAUGGCCGCGCGAGGCGAGCCGAGGGCUCCGGGAUACGUUUCCUUGGGAGCGGACUUUCGGAAAUUGGACGCGCUCGACGGACGGACUCUUCCAGGGAAUUACGAGGAACGCGACGCGUCUUCCUCUUGAUCCUUGGAAUUCCCACGAGAGUCGUCAGGACCUCCCUCAGUUGACAAUACACUUCCGGAUGAGACUCGAAUCUGAACGCUACGAAAACGAGAGAAAUAUUAUUACAGUGCUAAAAUUAAUAAUUUGCGGUACGAUAAUUAUAUUUCUACGUUUCGAUUCCUCAUUUCUUUUCCGGAGGCAACGAACCUUUAUAGAAAGUCUCUGUGAACAAUUUCGCGAUGUUCAGAUUCGAGGGGGAUUUUUUUGCAAUAGAAAAGUACUCCAAUUGUUGUCCUAGAGCGCGUUGAUUACCUCGUCGGCCAGGGAGACGUUCAUUGUUUAAUGUUAAAUUAUGCGAAAUCGUUACUUCUCAAUGCACUACGGAGCAACUGUGAUACUUCGUGGCAAUUAGCGGCGGCAAUUUUUUCGGGCUGCCCUUGCUGACAAUUCAAACGUGAUAAGAUCGCGAGAGGCGACAGCCAUGCCUCUUGCGAUCGACAGUUAUUACGAUAUAUUCUGCAUAUCAGUGACCACGAUAACGCCCAUGGCGGAAUAGUAGAGUAGGAAACCGCUUAUCCCUGAUCCUCACCACCGGUGCAAAUUAGUCGGUGCAGAUAGGAACGCCUAAACGCCUAAUUACGCGAUUGCGCGAUUUAACUGAGACCGAGAACGAAAAAAAUUAAAAAAAAGAAGACAAUCAUCGAACCAAAGAAAUACUUCGUUAAACAGUACCAGAGAAGUGUCUCAUUAAUUCAAAGAAUAAUUACUUGACUCGAACAAACUGAAAUAAAUUGUCAUCAUUCCGAAGAAAUGUUAAAUCCAAUUUAUUCCAGUUUAUCUGAGCCGAAUGAUUAAUAUAUUUCCUCGGUACAAUUUAAAGAAACGUCCCUCUGGUUCGAUGAUUCCUUCUUUUUUUUUUUGUUCUCAGUGCGACAAUUUGUACGUAGAUCGUUAAGGUACAGCCCUGAACCGCGGAAUGAUCCUGGGAAAAUUGGAAUGUACAAAAAUUCAUCUUCGACAGAUUUAUAUAUUUUUAACCGUUUACGGAAGCUCGAAACAAUGUAACUAUCGGAUGACCGCCACCCUUGGUAACGUGUAUGUAGGUAGUACAUUAAUCCGGCAGCCUUAUUCAACUAUUUAUGGAUGGAGGAAAGUCCGUACAAAGAUCAUUGAAACCGGAAAAACGAGCUUCCGGAUAAAAAUGAAAAACCCAUCGAACGAUGUAUAUAAAGAGAAAACGCGUAGCAGAGGAUCUGUUAAUGUUGCUCUUCCAUGUGGUCCAAGUAACGCGUCAAAUCGGUAUGUUCUCUCCAAGUACCGUAUGUGCAAUGGACGUUUAUUAAAGGGACCCGCGAUAACGGAUCGACAUAGGUUGAAUUAAAUUAAGAGUCGUGCGAUUGCACAUAUCACACGCUUCUGUCAAAAGCAUCUCCUAGAUACGGUAGCGAAUAUUCCGUAGAUUAAUAUUUAUUUAUAAUGUCGGGUUGGCUUUUUUUCGCGGGCGAUCCAACCAUAAGUUGGACGUUUUACAAUCUACUCCUAUGUUAGCUUAGGUACCUUUGCGUAUUUAUAAAAGUCCAUCGAGAAAUCUAGAAUCGAGAGCCUUGUGAUAUGUGCAUUAUUUGACCGAUAGAAAGUUGAACAAAAAAAAAAGGACGAAAAAAAAAACAAAAGAAAUUAAUCUAGAGGGGGUAUUUACUAUGCGUCCGAUCCUGGGUGAAAUUAAUUGGGAUCGAUUGCCGACGCGUAUGCGUGAAUAAGAGUUCAUCGAAUUAUAUUGAGAGGUGUAUCGAGGAGGAUCAAUUGUCAUGCGAUACGUGACGCGGAGUAAUCCAGCCAUUUACAAUGCCUCACGUAGAGCUUUUUCAGAUCGAUUAUGUUCGUACUUUCGUUUACGCAUGUCGUGUAACUAUGUUUUAAUUUUCUUCUCUUCUUUUCUACCGAGGCAAGAACAUUUGAAUUUCUUAUCUCGAAAUUAAAUACGACUCGUCAGCUACUUUUGUCUUAAGUGGAAUUACAAAACUCGAUACUAGCAGUGAUUACACUAAAAUUUCAAUUUGAGUGCCGUCUUAGUACUUAAGCGUACCCAAUUAUUUGGCAUGGUUUAGCUGGAAAAAAAAAGAAAGAAAAGGUAAAAAUGGGAGAAAUUACUUCCCAUUUUUGCAAAUCGAUAAUGCACGGACCAAAUCGUGCGGCGCAAGACACUUCGAUAUAAUAAUGCGUAUGCAAGCGUUCUCUGGACAUCCGCCUGGUGCAUCUACGAGUACGACUAUUAUUGAGAAGAAAUAGACUUGCAGGGUAAUUUAUGAAAAUUUGAAGAUUCCAUAUUUAUGAUAUUUUGUGACGAUAUUACAUAAAGUUAUAUUUAUAUUUUAUAUCGGAGUUUAUUCAUUACCUGUACAACUACUCGUGCGUAAUUUACAUACGUAAUAAAAUUUUCUCAAGCAGAA